GUUUGAUGUAUAUAUAAAAAGGAACCCUAGAACGAAGUGGGAGGACUUGUGUGUGUGAGAUAGAUUAGUUAAAAGGGUUUACAGGAUGACGGCGACGGCUGAAUACGGGACGGCGACGGCUGAAUACGCGACGGCUAAAAUAGCGGUAUGGUGGGACAUGAAGGAUUGUCCGAUUCCGGGGGGUUAUGAUGCUGGUCAGGUCCGACCGAGUUUAGAAGGGGCGUUCAAGGAACGAGGCUACUCUGGUCCAGUCUCCAUCACUGCCUAUGGCGAGCAAACACAAACCCCUGGUCACAUCCUGCAAGGUCUCUUAUCCACUGGAAUCUCUGUAGCACAUACCAGAUCCGAAAGCGUACACUACAUGAUGUAUCGGGAUAUGGUGGAAUGGCGAGGUCAGAAUCCUCCUCCGGCUACAAUGAUGAUCAUAUCAAAUAAGGUGCGAGGUGUCUUUGAUUGGGAUCUGCUCCGGCUACAACAACGGACGCCAUACAACCUUUUUCUGGCUUAUUCAGUUGUGCCUAAAGUAUCAAUUCUCCUCUCCACAAGUGAAGAGUGGUGCUGGAAAAGUUUACUUAAACUAAGCGGACCACAUGUUGCUGUUCAGGGUGCCAAGUUGUAUUGCAAUUCUUGCAAUUUCGAUACCCAAAGCCUGAAGAAAUUCAAGAAGCAUAUCUGGAGUUACGAGCAUGUACGAGAGGAGAUUAUAAACCCUACGUACGACAAGGUCGUAUGUGUAACGGAGGAGUGGGGAAAGAACUACAAGGCUACUCCUGAAUUUGCGACAGCUAAAAUACAGGUGUGGUGGGACAUGACGUCUUGUCCGCUUCCCGAAGGUUAUGAUGCUCGUCGGGUCCGUCCCAGUCUAGAAGCUGCAUUCAAGGAACUAGGCUACUCUGGUCCUGUCUCUAUCACUGCCUAUGGCGACCAUAACCAUACUCCCCUGCAAGCUCUCUCUUCCACUGGUGUCCAUGCUUUACAUUGCGUUCCCGAUCUCCCAGACAUGGCUUCAGUUGUGGAGAAGUGGCAUUAUGAUAAUCCUCCUCGGAAUGCUACUAUAAUGAUGGUCAUAUCGGAUCAUGUGGAUUGGAUUUCACAUUAUCUUGUCGAGCUACUACAAGAGAAUAAUUACAAGCUUUUCCUGGCUUAUUCGUUUAGGCCUUCCAAAACGUCAUUCCUGCUCACUUCUGCAGAGUGGCUCUGGGAAAGCUUACUUGCAGAUUUCGAACAAAGAAGACUUGUUCUUCACAAGUGUAGCAGUGAAAGCGGUGAACCUACCGCUACGUUUAAUUGCAGUUUGUGCCACUUUGGUACCAAAAGCAUUGAUCAGUUCAGGAAGCAUCUCUCUACUGAUAAAGAACAUGCAAAAGAAGAGAUGAGACUUCCUGCCGUUCGUAAAUUGAACAUUAAGGAGAAUAGGCGAUCGCGAGUUGCUGACUUCGAUCGAAAAGGCAAACGUAUGAAGUAAGCAAGUCCUGACGGUUCUUGAUGGUGUGAUCUUGUUACUAAGUUAUCAGCAGCAGCUCUUGCUUUUCGUUUCGUAGUCUAUGUUUUAAUUUGAAAUAUUUGUUUUUUCAUUUUGCUUAAUUGCUUUUUUUUUAGUACCCAUGGUUUUAUCUUAUCUAAGAAAAACAUCAACUUAAAUCUCUUAUUGUUCACUAAUUAAUGUUAUUCCCUGAUUAUGGACA